GAAAAGAAGAAAAGCCAAACCGAACACACCCGCCUCAAUGCGCGGUAUUUUGUCCACAUCUCGCGAUGAUUGCCGACAGUGUCGUUGUUCGGGCGAGCCGACGACGAGACUGUAGCUGUCUGGAAAUUUGUCUCGUGGGUUAGACUCAAACGUAUUCUUCAUAUAAGACAUUUUUUUUGCACGUGGGACAAGUAAACGCUCCGCAUUUUAUCAUACGCCACUGUUAGUGUCUCGAAAUAGACUGGACAAUGGCUGCCGCUGAGGUAAACGGUAGCUCAGCCCCGGCUAAGGAGGAAGAAGAGCCCAUGGAUGUGACAACAACACACACCGAAAACUACCAGACACUUAUUGACGCUGGGCUGCCCCAGAAAGUGGCUGAAAGUCUAGAUAACAUCUUCCAAACGGGCUUGGUGGCCUAUGUUGAUCUAGAUGAAAGGGCCAUUGAUGCACUUCGUGAGUUCAAUGAGGAGGGAGCACUUACUGUGCUUCAGCAAUUCAAAGAGAGUGACCUGUCCCACGUACAGAAUAAAAGUGCUUUCCUCUGUGGAGUCAUGAAGACUUACAGACAGAGAGAAAAACAAGGAAGUAAAGUACAAGAGUCCACAAAGGGCCCAGAUGAGGUGAAAAUAAAGGCUCUGUUGGAGCGGACAGGAUACACCCUGGAUGUCACCACAGGGCAGAGAAAAUAUGGCGGUCCACCACCUGAGGAUGUGUUCAAAGGAAUACAACCAGGGAUUGGAACUGAGGUGUUUGUUGGAAAAAUUCCAAGGGAUUUGUAUGAAGAUGAGCUGGUGCCGCUCUUUGAAUCAGCUGGCGACAUCUGGGACCUUCGGCUAAUGAUGGACCCUCUCUCUGGUCAGAAUAGGGGUUACGCCUUCAUCACAUACUGCAAUAAGGAUGAUGCACAAAAGGCUGUAAAGCUUUGUGAUAACCAUGAAAUCCGCCCUGGCAAGUACUUGGGAGUGUGUAUAUCUGUUGCAAACAAUCGCCUGUUUGUUGGAUCAAUUCCAAAGAACAAGACAAGGGAAAGUAUAUUGGAAGACUUUGGCAAAGUUACAGAGGGGCUCCAAGAGGUUAUAUUGUACCACCAGCCCGAUGACAAGAAGAAGAACCGUGGCUUCUGUUUCCUGGAGUACGAGGAUCACAAGUCUGCAGCACAAGCUCGCCGCCGCCUAAUGAGUGGCAAGGUCAAAGUGUGGGGGAACCCAGUCACUGUAGAGUGGGCUGACCCGGUUGCUGAGCCAGACCCGGAAGUCAUGGCUAAGGUCAAGGUGCUUUUCGUAAGAAAGCUGGCCACAGCAGUGACGGAAGAGCUCCUCGAAAAAACCUUCUCUCAGUUCGGAAAGCUCGAGCGAGUGAAAAAAUUAAAAGACUAUGCUUUUGUCCAUUUUGAAGAAAGGGAUGCUGCCGUAAAGGCAAUGGAUGAGAUGAACGGGAAGGAGCUAGGAGGAGAGGAAAUUGAGAUAGUCCUGGCAAAGCCCCCAGACAAGAAGAGGAAAGAGCGCCAAGCAGCUCGGCAGACCACCAGGAAUACAGGGUAUGAUGACUACUACUACUACCCACCUCCACGCAUGCCGCCACCAGGCAGAGGCAGGGGGCGUGGUGGCCGAGGGGGCUAUUCCUAUCCACCAGAUUACUAUGGCUAUGAUGACUACUAUGAUGACUACUAUGGUUACGACUAUCAUGACUACCGUGGUGGCUAUGAAGACCCUUACUACGGCUACGAAGAUGUGUACAGCAUUAGGGGCCGUGGUACUCGUCCUAGCAGAGGGGGGCCUCCUCCACCUAGAGCUCGUGGAGCACCUCUGACACGAGGCCGGGGGGGCUACGCCCAAAGAGGGCCGCCCCUUGGUGGUCCAAGGGGCGGCCGAGGAGGGCGGGGAGCCCCUUUCCAGCCUCAGAGGGGUCGCGGUCCUCGCGGGGCCAGGGGCAAUCGUGGUGGUAACGUCGGUGGGAAGAGGAAGGCAGACGUGUUUAACCAGCCUGACUCCAAGCGCCGCCAGACCAACAACCAACAGAACUGGGGGUCCCAGCCCAUCGCCCAGCAGCCCCUGCAGCAAGGGGCCGACUAUUCCGGUGGAGAAACAUUGAGAGCGGCACCACUAGAAUGAGGAACUCACCUGAACGGUACUCGAGGGUGAGCUAGCCUUGCACAGAGUACUGUCUCCUCUCCUGUAGUUAAUUGUAAUCACUGGAGAAACACUAGCCAUAAUUACACUUUGUUCUUUUUUAUUGUAUAUACUGUACUUUGAAUCAAGCUUUUUUGAACCAGGCUAUGAAGAACACUAGUCACUAAAGUUGACUGAAGAAUCAUUGGAAAAUAUUAAAAUGAAUUGUUUCCAGCUUUUUUCUAAGGUUUAGAAUUUAUAUAUGAUAUACAAUAAUAUUUCCUUCAUACACAGUGCAUAUUUCCCCCCCUAAGCCAAAUGAAAAGUAAUGCACAAUGUUAAGAGACAAAUGGCUGUUUCUUUAGACUGGAAUAUACAGCCAAAAGGCAGACAAUCAAGAAUUUAGUAAGUGCUAUAAACCUCAAAUGCCUGCAAACACCUGUUGCAUGUCUUGGCUCACUGCACCAAAAUCACCUCGGCUGUCUGCACACAUUCUGUGAAUGGAAGGCGGUGGUGGACAUUUCCCCUGCUUCACCGCUAGAGGUAGCAGUUCCACACCAGCGCGACUAGUGACCCGUUCCUUUAUCUGAUGCUGCAUUUAUUGGCCUUUUUCUCAACUGGAAAGGUGGUAAUUAAUACAUAGAUAUUAACUAGAGGAGCUGUUGUUCACAUUGAUUCAAUUAGCAGUGAGGAUACUGAAUGAAAUACUGAUGAAAUUGGCUAAACUCGGAACAAUAGCUGUCUCAAAACAGAUGCCCUUACCCUGUAAGGCCACAAGAUGGCAGUAGAUGGGCUACAGUAUUUAUAUUGCACAGGUAAGACUGAAACAGGUUGCACAGGAUUAUAAUACAAAGCCAAUUGUAUCAAUUGACACACAUUUUGGUUUUCAAUGAAGUGCCUUCAAAUGCUGGCGUUUCCUUUUUACACUUUCUCAUAUCAGAACUGUCUUUAUAUGUUGCCUCUUGUCACCAGGCAGUAAAGGAGCUGCCCGCAUCCAUGUGAAUGCGUUCACACAAAUGGAAGAGACUGAUUGCUUUGAAUCAGGAGACAAGCUGCGAGUUAGACUCAUCACAGGAGAGAUGGAUGAAUUACUUACUAGACCGCACACUUAAGGUCCAGUACUCAUGGAUACAGUAGCUGGCCCAGCUCAGCAGAAGGCACAGAAGCGUAGGAGGAUACAGUUGAUGGACACGAUCCAGCACACCAUCCAACGGACGGCUGCUUCCUUAUCCAGCUUCAAUAAGAAUGUAAAGGGAAAUUAUCUGUUGCAGUUGAUUGUUCAAUACAUUUGAUUGCCCAAGUA